AUGGUGCUUCUGGGCCAGUUUACUGAUGGGAGGAUGAAUGUGGACACUGCUUUCCUGAGUGCAAUGCCAUCAGCAGCUAUUUUCCAGUUCGUCCUCCUCGCUCAGCAACGCACGUUUGGGUUUGGGGAGGAUAGGGAUGGCGAAACACAAUCAGUCCUUCCGCGUGCUGCUCGUGUGUCACCGCGAGUCGCUCUCAUCGUGAUGGUGGGCGAAUGUGAGCGCACCUCUGCGUCAUGGCAGGCAGCAGCUGGAAUAAAUGCAAGGGGGCUUGCGAACGACCUCUCAGCUGACUUUGCGGGGAGAAUGGUGGUCCUCGACACGAAGGACGCGUCCCCUCCCUCGAUCGAUCCUGCGCAGGAUCGAUAUUUGGCGGGGUUCGAGAAGGUUCUGCUAGUUGUAAAAUGUAUCAAGCAGGAGUUCAGUGUGGUGGAGGAUCAAUAUUGCACGAUCGGUCGAGGGAAGGUACGCGUCCUAAUCCCCUCCUCCGCACCCCCCGCACCCCUUCCCACAGCCCUCCAACCUCCCUCUGUUGUUCUGACCCCCUCUCGUUCCAUCCCGAUCGUUUGUACCACUCCCUCCCUGCCAUAUCCCCUUUUUGAACCACUUAGGCUCCCCAUGCCUGCUGCUGCAGCAGCAUUGGCAGCGGCCAUGGCAAAUAAGCCCACUGCUGCUGCUGCUGCUGCUGCUGCUGCUGCUGCUGCUGCUGCUGCUGCUGCUGCUGCUGCUGCUGCUGCUGCUGCUGCUGCUGUCACCUCUGCUGCCACUGCUGCAGCCACUGCUGCCACCACUGCUGCCGCCACUGCUGCUGCCACUGCUGGCACCACUGCUGCUGCCACUGCUGCCACCACUGCUGCUGCCACUGCUGCCACCACUGCUGCUGCCACUGCUUCUGCAGCCACUGCUGUAGCCACUGCUGAUCGCCUCCAUUACUGCUCGUCCAUUAUGCUCGCUUCCCUCACUGCUCUCUUGCUCGUCCUUGUCCCCAGCUUCCCUGCAGUCACAGUCAACUCUUCCCUCAACCUCACCUCUCUUUCCAUCAUCACUCCCUGCCACCCUACCCGCCUAUCCGCCUGCGAACAUCAUCGUACAUAA